CGGAAUGCAGACAUGUUUUGUUACUGCGUGCUGAAUUUACUUUGAGGUGACAACGUCGUUGACGCAUUACAGAUGUCAAAACACAAUAAAGAGGUCUUGGAAAAAGGGCUCUAGCGCUAUGCCAGUGACAGUAGGCCUAGAGCUAGAAUCGGCCAGGGGAACGGACACCCUGAGUCGGAUUAGGGAGGAGGAAAAGAGGACAAAGGACCUGGAGGAAGAGAUGGAGCUGGUGCAGAGGAGAAUCAGGAGCAUGGAAGAAGAGGAGAGAAGCCUUGAAAAAGAGAGGCAGGAGAGGCAGCACAGCUUGGAGAUGCAGCUGAAGGACCUCGAGCUGCAGCUCCUCCAGGAGAGGGAGAGCGCACAGAGGCAGCACGAGCAGAAGCUGAGAGAGCUGGAGGCACAGUGCAAACUGGAGCGAGAGGCCACGAUGACAGCAGAGCUGCAGCACAGGCUCCACAUCAAAGCCCUGACGGCCCAGAGAAGGCAGGAAGAGAUGACGGCUGCUCUGAACGAGCAGAAACUCGCCACGGAGGCCCUCAGAGAAACCAUCGCGGCGAACGAGCGGCAGAGAUGCCAGGAGGAGUCUCGACGGCGAGCCGAGGCGGCGAGACGGGCGGCGAGAGAGAGAGCCGAGGCGGCGAGACGGGCGGAGCGAGAGCAUGCCCUGAAUGAGGAGAUCCAGGCCCUGAAGAGGAGGAUGGAGCACCAGCAGAGGAGACGCGUGGAAAGGGAGGAGAGAUGGAAGGAGAUGCAGAGGCAGAUGGUGCAUAAGCUGCAGGUGGAAAGUGCCAGAGUGGCGGAGGGGUCUGACGGAUGGGAGAGGUGGAGAGACCUCUACGAGUUACAGGAGAGCCAAUGGAAGGAGAGGAUAGAUGAGCUGAGGGGAGCGUUGCUGGAGGCACGACAGCAUGAACAAGAGUCGCUGUCGAGGCUGAGAGAGGACCGGGAAACGGCACGCGUAGAAGAAGACAGGCUGAGGAGGCUGGAGAGGAAGGAGAGGAGGAGAUACUUGGAGGGGGAAAGAAUGAGGGAGGCGAUGGAACAGACCAGAAGAGAUGAGAUCCUGAGGAGCAAGCAGACGAGUGACUGGCUGGGUAGCACAGAGAGUCUGUCAGAUUGGCAGCAGGAUAUCGGAACACCUGUGAAGACCAAGAAAAGCAAGAAAAAGGUGCACAUGACAACAACGAGAGGAGACAGGGAGGAAAGAAUGAGGGAGGCGAUGGAAACGAACAGAAGAAAGAAGAUCCUGAGGAAUAGGCAGACGAGUGACUGGAUGGGUAGCACAGAGAGUCUGUCAGAUUGGCAGCAGGAUAUCGGAGCACCUGUGAAGACCAAGAAAAGCAAGAAAAAGGUGCACAUGAUGACCACAGCCGACUGGCUCGCAGAUGUUCGUCGAAAAUUCGAGGAAAGGGUGCUGAGAGGCCGUAAGUGGCAGGAGGUGGUGGACAUGGAGGGAGAGAGUUGGGCAGACGGGGAUACAGAGGAAAUGGAAGGACCAGUGAAGUGCAGGAAACGCAAAACAACAGUGACGGCAGGUGGCUGGCAAGGAGAUCUGGACGAAGACCGGACGAAAACGCGACGCUCGCGAACCCAGUCUCAGCCUGUCACUCAGGCCACCGGCCAUCAGACGCCUCAACUCAAGAGCUGCCUGAAGUCAAACAGGCGGACAAAGUUGUUGGGCGAGACUGUGAAACAUCGGGUGGCAUUCAGGGAGCUGAAAGAGAUGGAGGAGGAGGAGCAGGUGGAGGACAGGAGAGGGAGAAGAAGGAAGAAGGCUAAGCAGAGUCUCUCAGAGACUCAGAAUCACACAGUAGAUGAGGAGGAGGUGGCGGCGGUGAAAGAGGAAGAGGAGAAGGAGAAGCAGGUUGAGGAGAGGAGAGGGAGGAGAAUGAAGAUGGCUAAGCAGAGUCUCUCACAGACUGAGAGUCAUUCAGUGGAUGCUGAGGAGGAGGAGCAGGAGCGGGUGGUGGUGGAGAGGAGACGAAGGAAAAGGAAGAUGGCAAAGCAGAGUACCUCACAGACACAGAGUCCCUCAGUAGAUGCUGAGGAGGAUGAGGAAGAGGAAGAAGAGGAGGAGGAGGAGGAGGAGGAGGGCAUGGUGGAGAGACCUACUGAACAGAGGAGGAGGAGGACGAUGAACGGAGUAGCAGCAAAAGUGAAGCGCUCCAGAAGUGCUCCAGAGCUCGCCUCCGCCCAGGCCAAUGGGCGUUGGAGACGGAACGUCAGAGAGCGUCCUCUGAGGUCAAACAUGCAGAUGACUGUGGACGAGGACACCCCAGCAUCACAACAUCACAGGACAUCACAACAAGCCCAAGGUGGCACAGUAGACACUGAUGAUGAUCAGGAGGAGAAGGAGGAAGAAGAGGAGGAGGAUCUUGAGUGGGAGGAAGAGGAGGAGCAGGAUGUUGAGGAGGAGGAGGAGGAGGAGGAGGAGGAAGUGAGAAGGAAGAAGGUGAUGGGGAGAAAGGAGAGAGAGAGAAAGCGGGCCCAGAGACAGAGAAAAGAGAGGAUGGAGAAGGAUCAGGUUGAGAAAGUCUCACUAGCUGUUCUUCCAGCUGAUGAGGAAGAGGAGGAGGAGGAGGAGAGGAGGUGGAGGCAGAGUAUGAAAGGCCAGAUUUUGGAUUGGGUGAAGCAGAAACUGGCAAAUAACCACAACGUUAUCCAAAACAUCGAGAGAGAAGUGCUCCACUGGGUGUCGUUUGGGUCCCGAGAGAGAGCGCACAGUGUGGCAAGUCUGGAACAACUGGCGAGGCAGAGGGAGCUGAGGAGGCUGGAGGAGUACUGGGAGAGGUGGGAGAACGCCUGGCUGGAGGGGGAGGAGAUGGAGAGGAGGAAGAGGCAGCAGGAGGAGGAGGAGAGGAAGAGGAGGAGGCCAUGGGCUAGAGUCAAACGGCUGUGGAGAUGGCUCUGCCCCUGUGUUGCAGAACCCCAUGACGUGGAGCCUGUGCGUCGUGACCCACAAGCCUUUUGGGAGACUGGGGCCUGGGGUUGAAUAUGGGGUUCAA